GUGACGUAACGGAUGUGAGUCGUUGAAAUGCUCUUGAUUCAAGAACAUUGCAAAACAUAAACAUUUUCGCAAUAAAAGGGACUUUUUCCCUUCAAUUUAAUGUUUUAUUGUACCAAUUUGUGGCUUCAUUUAUACGUUAGUCUCCACCACAAGACGAAAGCUGCUCAGAUACAUAUUUUAUGCCGAGAUUUUGGGAAUAAUUCUUUGUGGGAAUUGUGUCUUUAUAUGAGGAACCUGUCGAAUAUUGGAGUCAAAUAUACCCAACAGCAUUCACGAUUCUUGUCUCUAUCUGGUUGAAUUUACGAUGCUGCCUUUAUUCUACAAGUUAAAGGAAAGUAACUAUGGACGAUUUCUACUUUUUGUGUUGACCCUGAUUGUUUUCAUGCCAUUCGUGACUCACUAUUAUCUAACGAAGCCUUCAGUUUUGCAUGAGAGUAUUUUUACGAAAUCUUUUCGCACAAGAUCAACACUUGAAGACAGUUCAAACACUGAAUAUAGAUUAGAUGAACUUCGAAAGAAUAUCAACGAGCUAGAACACGUCAAAUUAUCGUUAAAAAACGAACUACGAGAACUUGAAAGCAAGCGACAUGGGCUCCUACGAGAGAUACAAGAACACUCAGAUAAAAUUAUACUGAUUGAUAGCAAGGCAACCUUUUUAAACAGUGAAGUAAGCAAACGGUUGCAGGAGCUGGCUGAUCUCAAAUUUGCCAAGAAAAUGGUUAAUAACUGUCCUCAGUUACCUCUAAUUAAACCACCAAAAGACAUAUUCACUCAAUUGUCUCAAAGCUUUCAAGAAUAUCCAAAACCAAGUUUACAAGUUAGAACUAAUUGCAAACUCUCCAGUUGUUUCAACUUUCAUUUGUGUUCAUUUGGUCGUGAUUUUUCAGCCCACAUAUACCAACCAGAAAACCAGUUGGAUAUACAUACCAUACUUAAACGGAUGCCGUACGCGGUCGAGGUGACAGAACCCAUAGCAUGCAUAUAUGUUGUGGUGAUUGCAAAAAGCUAUCAGACUUCAGAGAAGCUGGAAAUGUUUCUUCAUGGUUUGAGAUUUUGGCAAGGUGAUGGUCAUAAUCACAUUAUAAUUAAUUUUGGUGGAGCGUCAGUCCUUAAGGGUGUUAAUACAGGCAGAGCAAUAAUAGUUCAAACAAGUUUUAGAUCUGAUGUACAAUAUAGGGCAAACUUUGACAUUGUGAUUCCACCUCUUGCUAGUUUGAUAACAUCAGGAGCUGCAUGGGAGAAUUCAGCACCACAACUUCCAGCUAUUCGUAAAUAUAUACUUAGCUUUGAAGGGAACUAUCAUGGCAAAACAAAAAAGCUGCAUAACAAAACCAGUAGCUUCAUUUCUGUCAAUGACCUCAAAGCACUUGGAAUUGAAGCAAAAGAUAUAUUUAUCAAACUUUCUUGCAAAGUUGAUAAGAAAUUCGUUGCCUAUGAUGAUUGGCAACUCUGUCGAACACACACGUCAAGGGCUGAGGUCUUGAAAGCAUCAACCUUUACCCUAAUAUAUCAAUCAGAGUCCUCAGAAGACCAGACUCCUACCAUAAUACGCUUCAUUGAAGCCUUACAAUAUGGUGCUAUUCCUGUUGUGGUUUCUGAUAAUAUUAUCCUGCCAUUUGCAGACAUCAUUGAGUGGGAACGUGCAGCAAUAUUGCUUCACAGUGCCCAGUUUCCACAAUUGCAUUUCAUCAUGAGGACAAUGGUGAUCAAUGAUUUGUUAGACAUGCGACGGCAAGGACGCUUUUUAUGGGAAACAUAUUUUUCCACAACUGAAACAGUUUUGCAAACGACAAUUGCAGCCAUACAAACCCGUUUAUCCUUGCCAGGAACCCCGGCAAAAGAGACUCAUUUCUCCUCCGUUUUUAGUGAAAGCAGUGAGCCAUUGUUUUAUCGUCCUGACGCCAAUGUUCUGAUUCAAAAUGGCCUGAAUUCCCCAACAUACUUUCAAAAUUUUACCUCAAAUAACAUGUAUGCCAAACAAAGAUGGAAUUCUUACCCUGGAGCACUGAUGCUGUACCCUAGUGAUCCGUUUGUUCCCAUAUUACCCUCCUCAGCUGCAUUCAAAAAUUCUUCCAGCAAUAUGCAACCUAUUGGCAAAGGAGCUGGUGGGGCUGGAGUUGAAUUUCAGAAAGCUUUAGGAGGCGAUUAUCCUUUUGAACAGUUCACUAUUGUGAUGUUAACAUACAAAAGGGAAUCGGUGUUGAUUGAAGCCCUUGGACGCCUGGAAGGCUUGCAGUAUCUAAGCAAGGUUGUGGUUGUUUGGAACAGCCCUGGUGAUCCUUCCCCUGACUUGAAAUGGCCAAAUAUUGGUGUCCCAAUUAAGGUCUUGCGUCCUAAAAUGAACAGUUUGAACAACAGAUUUUUGCCAUUUGACGAGAUUGAAACUGAUGCUGUAUUAUCAAUGGAUGAUGACAUUCAUUUGAGACAUGAUGAGAUUCUCUUUGGCUUUAGGGUUUGGCGAGAGGCCAGGGACAGAAUUGUUGGUUUUCCAGGUCGUUACCAUGCCUGGGACAUCAACUAUGGUGGAUGGCUUUACAAUUCUAACUACUCUUGUGAGCUGUCUAUGGUGCUGACCGGUGCAGCUUUUAUUCAUAAGUAUUAUACGUUCUUGUACACGCACGUCAUACCUCAAGCAAUACGGGACAAAGUUGAUGAAUAUACUAAUUGUGAAGAUAUUGCAAUGAAUUUCCUCGUAUCUCAUGUGACAAGGAAGCCACCACUUAAGGUCACAUCUCGCUGGACAUUUCGGUGCCCAGACUGCACUUCCACGUUAUUCCUUGACGAGACUCAUUUUACUGAGAGACACAAAUGUAUCAACUUCUUUGUCAAAGUCUUUGGUUACAUGCCGCUAUUACGAACGCAAUUCCGCGCUGACUCAGUGCUUUUUAAAACUCGUAUAUCAUCUGACAAAACGAAGUGUUUCACAUAUAUUUAAAGGUGCCACACCACCUUGACAGCCUAGUUAGUAACCCUCACACUUUGUCUUGAAACACCAGGCCCACUUUAUAUAUCAAAUGGGAUUGGGAUGUAUUUUCUCAAGGACAAGGAUGGGAACUCCGCAGAUUCAUCCUGCGUCAAAUCACCCGUAUUCCACCACUUCACCACCGGGAGCUUUGAUAAACAUUUUCUAUAUAGAAUUUGACAAUUUUAAUAUGAAAUUUUCAAUUUUGUACAGAUAGAUAAAUGUGUUUUAUAUGAAAAAGAAAUUUUAUCAGAAAACUGACGACGUUUUUGCCUUUAUCAAAAAGGCAAAAGAAAUAUUGAUCCAAUUUUAUACAAUAUCUAUGCUAACAAAGACAUAGUUUUUGUUACAUUUUGAACGACUUGAUGAUCUUUUUUGGCUGGAAAUGUGUGUAGAAACUUUAAUAGUAUUUUUAUCGGAUUAGACAAACUGUAAUAGUAUUUUUAUCGGAUUAUUGGGAAAUUGUCUGAGGUAUGAAGGCAAGCCUAAUGGCGAUGCAUUUUACUGAUUAUUUUCAUUGCUAAACAGUGGCGUUUAUACAAAGCCUUGUUGCUAUGUUUUGAUUAUAUCCAAAACUAAAUAAUCCUUUUGUGUUAUCGAUGAAGCAAUAUCGAGCAGAAAUAAUUGAUAUAUUGUGCGUGUAUUUGCCCAUCUCACCAGGGGAAA